AUGGUCAUGCUGUUUGUUACACUCAUACUGCGAAAUGGUUCAUCGUUUUCUGUUCGGUCGGCCGCUGCGGUAGUCGCCUAUUACUCUCAAGGUCACAUCCAUCCGUUGCUGGCCAACGGUCAUUGUCCGACGGCCUCCUUGUCCAUGUCGCGUCGUAUUUUGUCGCCGUUUCGCUCGUACGUACUCUUGUCGAUCGACGACGUCCUGCUGCGCAUCUGCUGCGGAACCGCCAUGACGGAUACGUUCCCUCAGACGCACACGACGACCACCACCACAGUCGGCUCGCCUUCGGUCACCGCCGUCUACUUCAACAUCAACUAUGUGAAGUCGGUGCCCGGAUGGCUGAAGAUAAUCGAAAUCCAGGACUUUGUCACAGUUUCCAGAAUCCAACCACAGAUUGUGAAUUUGGCAGAGAUGAUUGACCUCGACCAAAUUGGCGAAUAUAAUCCGGUAAAGUUGCUGAAGACAAAUUUGCAAGACCCAACCAACGAGGAUCCGCCUCAGUUGCAGCGUUAG